CGACGUAGUGUUCGAGAAAAUAUCAUAAAUGUAUUAACAUCCAGGGCCCUGCAAGCAAAACAACAAUGGAGUCUUUAGUGCCCCUUCAAAACACGGGAAACUCCAUUAGCUUCUCUUCCCACUUGAAGUCUUCAAUCACGACCAAACUCUCAUUCGCUUUCAACAACAACAUGAAGUUCUGUUUUUCUCGAAAGCCCAUUAAAUUAGAACCUCUUUGCUCGGCAUCCGAUAACACCAAAAGCAACAGCUCUACCAGGACUUAUCGUCCCCGUGGUGCCACCACUCACCACCAAACCGCCAAAAAUCGGCCUAAGCCUCGUAAAUUCAACACUGAAAACCGAGAUGGAAACCACCCAUCUACUGAAAAUCCGACAUUUCAGAGUAUUAUUGUGGAUUUGAUGAGGUUAUGCAAAGAAGACAAGGUUAAGGAAGCUUUAGAUUAUAUGGGUCAGGGCGUUUUAGCGGAUUAUAAUGAUUUCAUGGCUUUACUGGAUGCUUGUGCGGAUACGAAUUCCCUUGAGUUAUCCAAAAGAGUUGAUGAAUUCUUGAGAAGAUCGAAGUUUGCGGGUGAUAUCGAACUGAACAAUAAAUUGAUAGGCGUUUAUGGGAAAUGCGCUAGUGUGAGAGAUGCACGCAGGGUGUUUGAUAAAAUGCAUGAGCGGAAUUUAGCUUCUUGGAACGUGAUGAUAAAUGGGUAUGCGGUGAACGGAAGUGGAGAUGAUGGGCUUUUGUUGUUUGAAGAAAUGAGAAACCGUGGAGUUCGGCCGGACAACGAGACUUUUCUUGCUGUUUUAUCAGCUUGUGCCAGUGUAGGCAAGGUUGAGGAGGGACUGAAGUACUUUGAAUUGAUGAAGAAUGAAUAUAAGGUUGCUCUGGGGAUUGAACAUUACAUCAGUGUUAUUGAUGUUUUCGGGAGAGCUGGGCUUUUGAAUGAGGCUGUGGAGUUCAUUGAGAAUAUGCCGCUCGAGCCGACGAAGGAUAUUUGGCAGGCGUUUCGGGGUUUUGCACAAAUUCAUGGAGAUAUUGACCUUGAAGAUCGUAUUGAGGAGUUGUUGCUUGAAUUUGAUCCUUCUAUAAGCUGUGAGAAUAAACUCCAAGCACCACCGAAGAAGAAACUUUCUAUGAUUAACAUGAUUGAGGAGAAGAACAGAGUGAGUGAAUAUAGGUGUAUGAACCCUUUCAAGGGAGAAGGAAGUGAGAAGCUCAAAGGCUUGAAUGGGCAGAUGAGGGAAGCCGGGUACAUUCCCGACACAAGGUAUGUGCUUCAUGACAUUGAUGAAGAGGCGAAAGAGCAGGCCUUGCAAUACCAUAGCGAGCGGUUGGCCAUCGCAUAUGGUCUUAUUAGUACUCCGGCAAGGACACCUCUUAGGAUCAUUAAGAAUCUGAGAAUUUGUGGAGACUGCCACAAUGCAAUCAAAAUCAUGUCAAAGAUUGUUGGAAGAGAGUUGAUUGUGAGGGACAACAAGCGAUUUCAUCAUUUCAAGGAUGGUAAAUGCUCUUGUGGUGAUUACUGGUAAAGCCUUAGAAAACCCUUGAAUUGACUUUGGAUUUACUAUUAACUGCUGCAUCAAGACAUUGUAGAAAAUUUUCGGAUUGCAUAAUGUGCUUGUAGUCGAAACCUAAUCAUCCAUUCAAUGAAAUUUAAGUUCAAUAGCAACCUUUUGUGAAUGAAAUAUGUGUUCACAUCGAACAAGUUUUUGCUUCUCUGUUAG